UGACGCAGAUUCCUAAGCCCAACCCCCCAAUGGCCUCAGAAGUGCAUAAAUACGUGAAUCACGCCUUACAUUUUACACUGCAUUGAAUUCAGAGCCACACACCAGUGAAGAAUCAGCAGCUGAACCGCCAAGAUGAGCGAUGUCGAGUUGAAAAACAUAUCCUUCAAGCCAGGAAUGGAACUGAAGGUCACAGGAAUCCCCAAACCCGAUGUUGGUCGUUUCAUGAUCAAAGUGGGUCACUCCAGAGAAAACAUUGCACUGCACUUUGAACCACGCUUCAACCAUUCUGGUGAACAACACGUCAUCGUUCUGAACUCCAGGAAGGAUGAGCACUGGCAUGAAGAAGUGCGAGACUACCACUUCCCUUUCCGGCAGGGGCAGGAGUUUGAGGUGACUAUUAUCUUCGCCGAUGACAAAUUUUACAUUAAUCAACAUAAUGGCCAUGUGGUGCAGUUCCCCAACCGUCUGGGUGACAAACAAUAUGAUUACAUUUUGAUUGAACAAGCCACAGUCAGUGGCAUAGAUAUCAAAUAAUCAGGAGGUGCUAGCCAGCCCCUUUCUGGCUCCCGAUUGGCUGAUCUGCUUCUGUUUCCUGCUUCCUUCCUACAGCUGUGCUAUGACUGCACUUUGUCCCUCCCAGACAUCAGUGCCUUUAAUCUUGUGCUUCUCUGCAACAUUUAACUGACCCCCUCUGGCGUCUGUCCAAACUCACUGAGCAUGAGAAUCAUUCCAGCUUCAAUAAUAAAUCUCUGACAUGAGCAAAUCUA